UGGUGGCAGGUGGAGGGCUGACGAAGGUGUCAGCCGCGUGCACCAUGUCGCAGUUCCCAUGCCGGAGUCAGCAGUGCAUCAGACUCGACCAAUACUGCGAUGGAGAGAAGCAUUGUUCCGACGGCAGCGACGAGCCCACCGGAUGCUCCCCUUGCAAUCGUACGUACUACGGAGUGGUGGGAGCAACGUACGUGCUGCAAGUAGCGCGACCAGGCCGCGGGUCCCUGCCAUUCUUCUGCCAGUUGACGUUCAUCGCGUCAGGCGACGUCUACGGCGACCUCGUCCAGCUGAGCUUUGAAGAGUUCAACCUCGGCAGAUUCAUGAACCACAUAUCAGGCGGGUGCCCGGAUGGCUACAUGCAACUAGAGGAGCUGAGCCGCCCGCUGAACGCAGGCUACUGGUGUGGCGCUGCCUGGGGGCGCAACGUUUAUUAUUCUGAGACCUCAGCCAUCACGCUGAUGCUCAGAGUCUUCAACCUAAGCAAGGCCAGCGAAAUAAACCCAGCAGUGGCCCAACAAAAAGAUCCUCCUCUUCUUAGGGUGUCGUACAGAUUCCUUGUGAAAGAGAGGGCUGUUUUAAGGUACGGGGUCCCUUACAGCCCCAUAUACAGAGGGCAGGAUGUCCCAGGCACGUUUUGUGAUAAAUAUUACGAGGAUUGUGAUACACACAAUUGCAAAGUUCAGUCCCCUAAUUAUCCUGGACUAUAUCCCCGUAACCUUACUUGCUAUUAUCAUAUUCGCCAAACUCAUAUUCCAGAGGGCAAAGUUGCACUAAUUCAGGUACGACAGAGGAACCCUCAUCUAAUAUACAUCAAAGACCGUAAUGCCCCGCACGUCAAAAGAGAUAAAAAGUUAUUAUUGGGUGAUUCGUGUCAUAUUUUGCAUGAUUACAUUAUGGUGUUUGAUGGCAACAGUACAAACGCACCAGUCUUAUUAAAAGCUUGUAAGGGUGGGGCGCUUUCCCCUGUCACUGCUAGUGGUCCGAACUUACUUUUAUUGUUUCACGCCUCGCCUUUUGACUUUCCCUUCCAAGAUUCCCCGAGAAGGCGAGUCUUCGGAUUCCAGUUAGAUGUUAAGAUUAAGUUAGUGGAUAGAGAUUCUACAGCUUAUGUGCGUCGCAUUGAUACCCCGGAAUCAGCAUUGUUCCCUUCAUCCAACGCGUGUCAGUGGCACAUCAGCAGCCGAGGCCAGCGGAGCGGCUACGUACAAGCGCCCGUACAUUCCUUGCUAGCCAACACGACCUGCAUCUGGAAGAUGGCGGCCGAAACUUCCGAAGUGGUUUGGCUGUAUUUCCUUCACUACCGUCAUGUUCAGCAUGGGGAAAUUCCACCUCCGAGUGAGUGCCCCAACACACUUGCAAUAUACGACAGUAGCGGGGCCUUGGACGAUUCCACUUUGAUGGGGAAGUUCUGCAAAGCCGAUGAAUUCCCGAGAGUGUGUAGUGGAGUUCAUGCCCCUGGAGGCGCCGGAGGAACAGCCCCCUGUCCUCCAGAGGAGAGUUACGUCUCACAAAGUCCUGCUCUGACACUCACGCUCAACUAUGCGGCGGGGACGACCCCUGCACACGUGGAAUUUCUCGCUCGUUAUGAGUUUGUUGAUAAGAAGCAGUGGGGAGAACCAGCUUCUGCUGAUAGUCUUUGCGAUAGAAUAUUCAGGGAAGGACAUGACAAAAUGUUCGCGUCUCCAAAAAAUGUCUUCCUAUACGGCCGCGGAGGGAGCAAGAGUUUGCAGUGUGUGUACAAUUUCCGGGCUGCCUCGCAUCAAAAAAUUCAGCUCACCAUUCACAGGUCGAGAAUGGGUAGCGACUGCCUUACGAUAUAUCAAAGCUCUUCAAUGCGAUAUGAAUGCUUCCAUUUGCAAUCAAAAGCUGGUGCCGUUUUGACUGUUGACGAGGAGCUCUGGUCUGGCGUGAAGUUCCCUAGAGGCUGCAUAUGUAAUUCUACUCAGUCUUAUCCAAUGAUUUUCCGUUCCUUUACUAAUGAAAUACGAUUAACCUUUUCAAUACCUCAAAUGACAUCAUCACAAGACUACAAUGACUUUUACUUCGAAGGAGAGUUUGAAAUUUUCGAGUCAAAAGAGGCGUGCAACGUACGUCGGUCGACAGGGCAAUAUGGAAAUUUCACGGUCGGAUGGAAAGGAUAUCCAUCCUGCCUCUCCCACCCCAGGAUAGUCGCAGCUCCUGAUGGGGCUUUCCUGUUCCUUUCCGUACCGGGAUGGGACGCAAGCAAUGGCCACUGUAAAUCAGGAAGCAGAAUAAACAUAUUUGCGGUCGGGGGCACCGUGCCCCUGGCGUCGGUCUGCCCAGGGUCCGGUUCGACCAAAAUGGAAGUUUUCAGCACAGGAUGGAAAGACAAGCCAAAGCAUGAAAUCAACCCCGGACAUAGCUUGCUCCUCUCAUUUAACGCGCCCGUCAAUCGAGAAUGGGGAAAUGAAACCAUUUCACAGUACAAAGGCAAGCAGAAAAUUAAAAUGAAUCGAGAUCUCAUUGUCCAGUACGCUGGCAAUGAGACAGCGGAAGUUUUCAUCCAGUGGAUUGGUGUUUGGAAACCCAUUCACACAGCACCGAUCUCGUCGGUGGGGGUGGAUCCAUGCCCCCAUCGUUGUCCAGAGAUCGAGGCUUGUAUUCCUCAAGAUCUUUGGUGUGAUAGAAUACCUCAUUGUCCAUCGUACACGGACGAGAGCGCCGGUGCUUGCGGUAUUUUAGCAGCAUUGCCCUGGGUGACGCUCGCCGUGGGCAUUGCAUUAUUUCUGACGCUUCUUUUGCUUCUGGCGGCAGUCAUGCGCCACAGAAAAUUACUUCUCGCCAAGAGAGAAGAGGACGAAGAAGAAGAGGAAGAGGAAGACACUGUGGCUGAGGUGCCGACGAUACAGAACAACGGAAUCAAAAGUGCCACUCAAGACCUGCUACUUCCGCCGGACAAAGACGGAACCUGGUGACAAAGAGCUUACUCGGGAGACUAUUUCUGCGUCGAUUACGAGACCACCGUAUAGGGCUGGCUGCUCGCAACGAUCUCUCGAGCUACGUUUUGUACUGUACUUAUCAGGGUGAGGUUGUGUUCCACGUCAGGAAGUUGUCAGUUUCAUACUUCAGGAUAUACUUCGUACAAGCAUUGGAGUACAGGGUACUGGUAUUUCAAUAGAUUUUUGUUGCAACGUGUUAUAUUAAAUUGGUUUGGCUGAUAUUGUUCCGAUAUUAGAUGCUAUUGGGAAAGAUUAAAUUAUUUUCCUAGUCUACACAGUGUACAAAUAUCUAUUCAGUGAACUUCGUUUUUAGCUAAAAUGUAACUGCGAUUUAAUGUGAGCCGGAAAGGCAGUGCAAUUCGAAUUUGCAAGGAAUCAAUUCUGAAUAUAUACACAAAUUAAAUACCUUAAAAAAAUCAUUUCUUCAGCAUGGCACGCAUUCAGUAAUUGUUUUAUUGCGAUAAAUAUUUUGAUGAGCUGCAUAAUUGAUGCGAGAUUCUCAAGAAGUAUUUAUAAACGUAGUUAAUAACUCAAAAGAUGGUCGGAAUUCCUGCGUCACCAAGAUUAUUCCAAUUUUUUAUUAAAAGAUAUUGCGACUGUGGCUGCCAUCAAUUAAAGACAUCGUUAAUUGCUCUGAGAAUAUCGCUUCAAGUUCACACGCUUCUUCGAAUUAAUUGUUAUCAUAUUGUCACAUGUCUUCCAUGUUAAGAAAAAUGUUUAACGAGCUCCCAGCUCUAAAAUUUUUACAGUAGUCAAACUGACGCGGUGAUAGUUGGUGUUUGUGUUCAAAAAUUAAAAUUAUCUGGUUAAAUUUAGACCUCGAGAAUUAUUUACUAUUAUUGGCAUCGUAAGCAAUUUUAAGUGUUGCCCCUGAGUAUUCUAAUGUAUUCAAGAAUGAUCAUUAAAAUAAACGAUUAAUUUUUUUCAAACCACCAAGGCAAG